AUGUCGUGUGCCCCCACCGAGGAUCAGGUCGUCGAGGCGGCACGCCCCUACAUUGAGCGCACUGAACCUCUUGGCCUAGCCAAGCUCCUUACGACGCUGCAAGCCGAACACCAAUGGACGCUAAGUGAGAAGCGGCUCAAGAAGAUCUUGAUUGCAUCAGGUCUGCGCGAUGGACCACGCAAGCCAUGGAUCCCUGUAUCGUCUCUGGACGAUACCGUGCCUAUGCCGCCCGGCGUCGAGCCUAGAUACUUUGACCACGUGAAAGGUCGUGGUCUCGUAGCGACCAAGACCUACGCAGAAGGGCAGUCGAUCUUUGUCGAAGAUGCAUACGUGGCUGCCCCCCCGCCCAGCCAGCUCAGCAAUAUGCUCCAGGGCCAAAUCUGUACCAACUGUUUCCUACCUACCUCCGGCACGUCGCUUUCUGUUGCAUGUGGUGCUGGCUCGUGUGGCGCCCGAUUCUGUCAUCGCAUGUGCCAAUCCAAGGCCAUGGCGCAUCACCAUGCAUUGCUGUGCCCCGGAACCAACCCUGGCGCCAAGGCUCUACUGACAUUCAUGCAGCAGUACCAAUGGCAUUCAAUUCAUACCGUGGCACGCAUGCUCGCUCGCACUGUGCUGACAGGCGCCACGGUCAAGCCAUCCUCCAUCUCGCCUACCACCGGCGCUACAGUGCAUGGCCUCCCCUCGCAUGACGCGCCAGCGACGUGGACCGAGACUGUACACCAUCUCGACUCCUUUGCGACCGUAUCCGAACUUGAACGACGUGCACGUAACCCUGGCUGGGAACUGGAACGUGCUGGCUUCCUACCUGCGCUGCAACGUGCUCAUGUCCUCAUGGCCGACGCCUUGGAUCCUACACGGCCCUCUCGGCCACGCCGCUUCCCUGUCCCAGCCACAGCGCUGCCUGCCAAGGAACUAGAACGGCUGUUCUCCUGGGAUAUGUUUUUGCAACUCCUGGGUCGCGCCAACAUCAACAUGGAGAGCCACGGCGGAAUGUACUUGGUGCACAGCCACUUAAAUCAUGAUUGCACUCCGAACGUCUCCAUUCGUCACAUGCCUGGCCGAAACGGUGUCCGCCCAGCCACGCGCAUCACGGCCCAGGCCUUACGGUCGAUUGCGCCUGGCGAUGAGCUCGCGAUCAGCUAUGUCGAUCCUUCGUUGCCAGUAGACCGACGUCGUCUGUUGCUGUGGCGCGACUACUGCUUUGGUCCUUGUAUGUGCCAGCGGUGUGUCGACGAAAGUGCCUCAUCAACUGAGUCUGUGCCGACCGACGUCGACGCAGAAAAGGCCUCGAAGCUCGCUCGGGCACCGAUGCCAUCGACGACAAAAAGUGCCGACACGCAAGACAAGCCAGACCCAGUCUCGCUCGAGCAGGAGCUGCGUACAUCGCUUGGUUUCUAG